AGGGUAAAAGAAAAGUUCAAUUCGCUUCGACGGCUCGAAUCCUUUAGGCAAGUUUAAUCCCAUCCAAGAUGGACAAAUUGAGGUUGGGUCAUGUUAGUGAAGAUGAGGCCAAGGCGCUGCAAGAUGAGGAGCCGAAUGCGACGAAGAUUGAAAGAAUUCUGAGUAUAAAAGCUAUUAUCAAGAAUGGCAACAAAAAGUCUGACAUGCAAAUGGUCCAAUUACUGAGGCAGCUUUAUGAGAUGAAUAUGACGAAGGAGAAUCUAGAGGAGACAAAGAUUGGAUUAACUGUUGGUAGAUUGCAAUAUCCCCAUCAAUCAAUGGUAGUUCGGAAACUCUCUCAAGCAAUUAUCGAUGAAUGGAAAAUAAUCGUUAAAAAAUGGGUGAUAUCUCAACCUUCUAGGAGUACGAGGCAGAAGAAAGAGAAAUGUGCAGCCAAGAAGCAUAGGAAAAUGAUUGUGCCUGAGAGUUCCUAAAUCAAAUAACCAUCUGGAUAGAUAAAAAAGCAGGCAGCAGGCUCAACACCUCGCCAUUUGUUUUUUUUUUUUUUUUUAAUCUCUAUUGGAAAAUUAACAAGUCUUUUUUUUUAAUCAACUAGACCUUUCGCUAUAUGUGGAUGGUGGAUGAAGCUCAUAGUUUAUCCAUAUAUUGCAUGUUCUAGGGGCAAUGUUCAUGUCUAUUUUACAUUUAAAUUUUAUUAUUAUUAUAACAGAUUUUGGUAGUCAUUUAUGUGUU